AUGGAAAACCAAUUUUCCUGGGAUAAUCAACUACAUGCUUCUUCGGGAAACCUCGAUAACCCCAUGACCUUUUCAAAUGAAAAUCACUCUAACCAUCUUGAUUCCUCCACCUUUACCUGGAAUCAAGACAACCAUCCCUCUUGGAGUGUUUCAGAGUCUUAUCUUCCAAAGAGAAUAAAACUGGAAGAUCGAUUUAAUGGCAUUCAUGAGAAGACCAAUGAGAACAACUUUCAACCAUUCUACCUAACCUCAUGUUUUCAAAAUACAACUGAUCCAACCAAAGACUCGUGUGGAUUUUCAUAUCUCCCUCAUUCCUACCUGCCUUGCAAUGGUCAACAGCCCUCUGUGACUUCUGAAACAUUGGAGGAUGUCAAGCCCAAGCAAGCAGUGGAUCGAUUCUACGAGCAGAAUGUGUACCAGCCUCAAUUCAACUGCUAUAAUAACCAGGAAGGAGCGGGAUUUCUUGAAGGCAUGUUUAAUAAUUCAAAUGCUAGUCAAGAAGUGCCGUAUGAUACAUCUGGUCAAUAUGGGUUCGAUACAGCUUCGGGACAUUUCCUGACACCCGUUAGUUUUUUACCACAAAGCAAUCAGAGUGAGACAAUGUCUAUGGAUCCUCAAAGCCUGCCUGUAUGUCAAAAUUUAAAAUUAAAUCCGCAGCAUUCUCAUCAAGGUUACACUCACCAGCCGACUCAGCAUAUUGAACCCCAACCUCCACAACAGCACAGAAGUAUGGAAGAGACAGCUUCCAUGUCAUCAAACAGUUCCGUGACUGGUAAUGGCGCAAUAACAACAUCUGCUUACUUCUGGCAAUACAACGCUCAAUGCAAGGGUCCUAAAGCUGUUCGACUGAUAAAUGGAGGAGCGAAUUCCCCUCCUUCAACAUCCACGUCCCCUCCCAGCAGCUGUUACGAUGGCAACAGUAGUCUAGGAAUAAGUGGGGUAGGAAAUUGCUCAAUAGCCGCUCAUUCACUACCACAAUACCCUCUCGUAGUCUUCGAAGAUCCUGUUCAAAAACGCAAUGACCUUGUUCACUGCUCAAAGCUACGACGAGGGGACGGAAAUGACGUCACACCCAAUAUUCUUCGACUUAGAUCAAUGGGGGAUGAGUUGGACCGGCUUGCAGCGCAGAUCACUCGACAAGGCGAAAUCAUAAUGGCUGGCGGAAGCAGUGCAGGCAGUGUUAAUUCAGGGGGAACUGAUCUAAGCGGUCUCCUUCAAAGUAAUUCGGGGUACGAUAUGGAUUCAGUUGCUCCGCCAUCUUGGAGGGUUGAAGAGGCCAAAAGGGAGAAGAACAAACUCGCAAGCAAAAUUUGUCGACUAAAGAAGAAGGCGUUCCACGAGUCAAAUAAGAUCAAAUACACCGGACUUGGGCUGGAAUAUAAGGAACUCGCGAGUUUGAUUACGAGUUUAAAGAAAAUGUUCGCGCAACGAGUUAGCCCCUCACUUGCAAGAUUGCUUCAGCAGCCUCAGCAAGAUAAAACUUCGUCAAAUGGCUCAAGCGGUGAUGCUGAGAAGUCAACUUGUAUGGAUGUCGAACAGAAUGAUACUUUGUAUGCUCGUGCUAAGUGGCUGAUAUCAACAACACAUGUUACGUGUGUGGCUGGACGAAUGGACGCGUUUGUUGAAGAGGUUUUAAAUUUAGCCAAAGUAAAUCACGCAAAACAUCCAUUGAUUAAGCGACUUUCGAGUGGAUGUAACAACACGCCAGCUAUUAGUAGUACUCACAGGGAACUACCAACAUCACAAAGCGCACCGAAAUUUUCUCCUGUUGAAACACCAAUGAAUCACGUAACUCAAGAAACAACAGAACAUGCAUUCGCCUAUUCAACUCCAGGGAUGUAUGAUUACACUCAGCGUCCGGGAUUUCCAUCUGCUCUGGAUCUAUCAAGUAUGCUCCGCUCUGGGGUGGAAUAUCAUCAAUCUAAUUACGAUGGAAACAGACCAUCUGAAUGGGGAGAAUAUAAUACCUCAGGUGCUUAUAAUGAAUCAGCAGUGACAGAAGACCCAACAUACGAAGCAACUGCAUACUUGAACGCUUACCCUCAGCAAGUAGGACCAGUAACCUAUGCACCGCAAUUCUACGAUAAUACUAACCCUCAGACGAUGAAUGGAUAUCAGACUCUCCAGCAGAUACCAGGGAAAAUGACUGGUCAAGAGGUUUCUAAUCUCCCAGUUUCAACAGAUGUCUCAAAUACUGAUAGCGGCAUUGGCGUACUCUGUCCACAACGAUUGUCUCUAAUUACAUAA